AUGACCAGCACCGCGGGGGGGCCCCUCCGACGACACACAAAGGGUUCAAAACCCACAACAAACCUUAAACCACUGCAGCGGGGAGCCCAAACUACCAAAGGUCGUCGCACACCUGACGCCCGUGACCUGCCCGCCUACAUUUACUGGACCCCCCUCCACUUGGCUGCCUUUGGGGGCCAUAAGGCAGUGGUGGACGUCCUCGUGGCGGGGGGGAGCGACCCCAACGCCAGAGACAGCGACGAACGGACCCCCCUGCACUUGGCUGCCUCUCGGGGCCAUAAGGCAGUGGUGGACGUCCUCGUGGCGGGGGGCGGCGACCCCAACGCCAGAAGUAGGAGCGACGGGACCCCCCUGCACGAGGCUGCCUCUGGGGGCCAUAAGGCAGUGGUGGACGUCCUCGUGGCGGGGGGGAGCGACCCCAACGCCAGAGACUGGAGAGUAAAUGCGCGGGAUUUUAUAGGGAGUUGCCAUUUCGUGAAUUUCCCAGGGCCAAUGUCUGUUCCCGAGAUAUUUAGGACAUAA